AAUUACCUCCUGAGGAGCAGCAGCACACAGAGAGCAGCAGGCACCCGCGCAACGGCCAGAGACAGACUCAACAACUUUACUCUCAUAAAAGAGAGGAAAAGAGGAACGCUGGAGGAACGAGAGGAGCUGAGGAAGAUUGUGGAGCUUUUUUAAACGGAGGUUUACAGUGUUAUGGUGUUAGAAGAGAGAGGGAGGCUGAGUUUUUGGAGUUGGAGGUUGUUGAAUGAGCUGAGAGCACCUGAAACCUGUUGCUGCUGCUGCUGAGGAACUGCCCGUCGUGUUUGGAGCUGUUCGCUGAGGACUAUUUUCCCUCUUUUCUCUCUUUUUUUAGGACUUUUUCUUUAUUUUUUUUCUUAUUUUCAUUCAGGGAAUCAAAGCUUAUGUCCUUUAAGUCUUUCUGAGUGGAAGUAUCUUGCAUGGGUUUCACCUGCCAUGUGGGAAGUGAAGGAAAGGAGCAGGAACAGCAGAAGCACCAACACCAUCAACAAUGAAGGAAAUUGUGGCUUUAAAAUGCCAUUUACUCAAACCCAUUAAGAGGAAAUGAACUUUCAGCUCUGCCUCUUUCUUUACGGUUUGCGUGGUGAAUGAUCUACCAUUCAGCUCUAAGGAGAGUCCAUGCAUGGACACCCCCCCUUAAAGUCCUGUGCCCAGUUUAGGCUCGGGGUGUGUGUGAAACUCUCCCUCGGUCUGGAAUGAAACUCUGCUAUGAUUUACGACGCUGUGGACUGUGGACAUGCUGCUGGAGCAGUUACUGUUUCCUUUGGGGAUUUCUACUUUCCGACGAGUGGCAGUAAAUUCAGAGAACUGAGAAAAUACUCAAGCUUCGCCAUUUGACAUUCCACUUUCCCUUUUUUUGUGACUGUUUGUGAGUGAGAUCAGUUUGGAGCCUUCGUCCUCCAAUGGCUACCUUGAGGUGGAAGGUGCCUCAUGCUUCUGGUUUGGGCUUUGGGCUCCUUGCGCUGCUGCUGUCUCACCUGCCUGGACUGACCUCUGCAGCUUCCAAGGACAUUGUGUGUGAGCCCAUCACUGUGCCCAUGUGCAAGGGCAUCGGUUACAACCUCACCUACAUGCCCAACCAAUUCAACCAUGAUACCCAGGAGGAGGUGGGUCUGGAGGUACACCAGUUUUGGCCCCUGGUUCGGAUUCGCUGCUCACCGGACUUGCUGUUCUUUCUCUGCAGCAUGUACACCCCUAUCUGCCUGCCGGACUACAAGAAACCCCUACCCCCAUGCCGCUCUGUCUGUGAGCGAGCGAAGAGGGGCUGCUCUCCUCUCAUGAUACAGUAUGGCUUUGAGUGGCCUGAGCGCAUGAGCUGCGAGCAGCUUCCCAUGCUGGGUGACCCGGACCGGCUCUGCAUGGACCAGAACAGCAGUGAAACCACUACGCUCUCUCCAUCCUUCCCCAAACCCACACCCAGGGGAUCAUCCAGGCACCGGGCCACUUCCAAAUCGGCUGUGCCCCAGAAAUGUGACCGUGAGUGCCGCUGCCGUGAACCUUUGGUUCCCAUCAAGAAAGAAUCGCAUCCACUUUACAAUCGGGUGCAAACGGGCUCAUUGCCCAACUGUGCCCUUCCCUGCCACCAGCCCUACUUCUCCCAGGAUGAGCGUGCCUUCACAACCUUCUGGAUUGGCUUGUGGUCUGUACUCUGCUUUGUGUCCACACUCACCACUGUGGCCACUUUCCUCAUCGACAUGGAGCGCUUCAAGUAUCCUGAGAGACCAAUCAUCUUCCUGGCUGCCUGCUACCUCUUCGUGUCACUGGGAUACAUCGUGCGGCUCCUUGCAGGCCACGAGAAGGUGGCGUGCGGCGGUUCGGGAGACCAGCGUCACAUCCUGUAUGACACCACUGGUCCAGCACUCUGUACACUGGUUUUCCUGCUGAUCUACUUUUUUGGAAUGGCUAGCUCCAUCUGGUGGGUCGUCCUUUCUUUCACAUGGUUCCUGGCAGCUGGCAUGAAAUGGGGCAAUGAGGCUAUUGCUGGCUAUUCCCAAUAUUUCCACCUGGCAGCCUGGCUUGUUCCUAGCGUUAAAUCUAUUGCCGUUUUAGCCCUCAGUUCUGUGGAUGGUGACCCUGUAGCUGGGAUUUGCUACGUGGGCAACCAGAGUCUGGAAAGCCUGCGGGGCUUUGUUUUGGCCCCACUGGUUGUCUACCUCUUCUCUGGUUCCCUCUUCUUGCUGGCCGGCUUUGUGUCGCUUUUCCGCAUUCGUAGCGUCAUCAAGCAGGGCGGCACCAAAACGGACAAGCUGGAGAAGCUGAUGAUUCGCAUUGGCCUCUUCACCGUGCUCUACACAGUUCCUGCCACCAUCGUGGUGGCGUGCCUGGUGUACGAGCAGCACUACCGACCUGAGUGGGAACAGGCACUGGGAUGCUCCUGUGCAUCCGAGCGCCAGCAGCAGGGCCUGGGGCCGGACUAUGCUGUUUUCAUGCUCAAGUACUUCAUGUGUCUGGUGGUGGGCAUCACCUCUGGAGUCUGGAUAUGGUCAGGGAAGACGCUGGAAUCGUGGCGAAGGUUCGUGGCACGGUGUUUCCCCUGCAGGGCAAGGAAGCCACCUGCGUCUGCCUCCUCCAUGUACAGCGAGGCCAGCACUGCACUGACUGCCCGAGCUGGAUCCGCACCGCCAGGGUCCUACCACAAACCAGCUCCACCGUCACACGUCUGAAUAACGGAUAUGGUGCAGCAUAGACUUUGGGUAAAAACAACCUGACCAUUGGACACAAACUUUGGUCCAGUUCAUCAUCUCCACCUGCACGCUUUAGGAGUUCGAAAUGGACAAAGGUGUGUACCAUGAAGGAUCUUUACAGACUACAGUCUAGCAAAGUUCUUCUGUUUAACAGAUCUUGCAUGUGGAUAAAUGUUGGACAUGUGGAGAUCAUACAUGCUUGUAAAUGAAAUAGGGAAAGAAAAGCAGUGAAAACAUUUCUGGAAAAGAAAAAAAGUGACUGGCAAAUAAAUGGCAUUCAAGAGACUGACAUUUCAGGAGCCACAGCAAGUUUUAAGAAUGCAAAAAAACAACAAAAAAAACAAAUGACGGACUACUCUACAGUCCACAGUUCCCGUGGACCAAGCUGUGGAAGCAUUUUAUUUAUUUGUGCAUUGCUGUAAAUAUUUGCUCUUUUUAGACCAUCAGGGAAUGCCCCAGCUGCUGUGUUUGGGACUGUAUAAUGGGAACCAGAGCUGGGCUAUUCCAAAGAGAUCCAGACAUUGUUUAGAUUUUAACGCCACGUCCAAGUCGUCUAAUUUAGCACUAGUGUCUUUUGCUGGUAAAAGACAAACGUGUGUAUAUGUUUAAAUUUGCUUUUAUCCUCUGUAUAUUCCUGUGAGAAGAAUUUAUAAACAUGGUUUAUUGAUGGGGAAACGUGAAACAUUUCUGACAGAUGAUUAGUAUCAGUCAAAACAUCUGGUUGCGUCUGGUUGAACCGUUAGGGUUGAUGUUGUUGUUAAGACUAAUUUAAAAGUGGUUUAAUCAGCGUGAGGAACCAACCAGGGUAUCACGAUUAUUUUGGGACUAAUCAGCAUUAGGUAAAAAUAAACAUCUUGUGUGUAGCCUUAGCAGAGCCCAGCAGAGAACCCACUGUAGCAGUGACUGAAAACACCUGGCCAAGUUAUUGAUUGCCUAACAGCAGUUCAUAGUUGGUCACUGAGCUUGACACCCCCCAGUGGUGGUUUGUGUUAGGUAUGGUCCUACCCUUAGAGCAGCAGUUCCCCAGACAGGGGCUGUGUCUGAAAUAUAGGAAAUGCUGUCUAUUUAGGCUGGAUUAUGAGAGGGGUAGGCACUCGAUCAUAGUAAUCUAGCCUUUUUUUUAUUAGGUGAUAAUGAUAACAGCUAAUUACACCAAAGCUAAAUGCACAUAUACUUACUGUCAAUGUUUUGGCAGGGUCUGGCUGUAUUUUUAUCUUUUUAAUUCAGAUUCAGAUACAAAUCCUGCAUCACUACAUUUCCUACUAAGGCAGCAAGUCAGCAUUUCUUGCUUUCAGACACAGAACAUUAAGCCUAGUCUUGGACUACACAGCAUGGUAAAUAUGUUAGAGAUUUUCCUUUGAAAAGGAAAUAUAGUCUAGGACUAAAGGCUUAAUCCCUGCCUAUGAUGUUUAACUAAACCCUUAAUGUUCUAGUUUUGUGAGCUGGACUCCAAACCUUGUCCCAUGUCAUUUAUUUAAACCCUGGACUGGAUAUUAGCCUGUAUUUCCAGUGGUUAAGCUGGUUCCCCCAAUAUCUAAGUAGCAUCAAAUCAUGUUUUAUUUUUACACUUUAGCAGAGAUUUCAGGUUCCUGAUUGUUUCAUUUCUGAUCGUGUCAUUGGUCAGUUCUCCUGGUAACUGUCUGAGCCUUGUUUUGUGGGAAGCUGAAAUUUUACAUUACAUUGUAAAAUAACUUGACUUCUUCUCCUAUGAGCGACUCUCGUGCAGCUGUAGAUUUGUGUACAUGUUUUUUUCGAAACAGUCUGAAGUGGAAAAGUUGAGUUUUUUUAUUAUUAUUUUAUACGAUAUUGUUUAAUACUAGCAUUCCCUGAGCUAAUCCAGAGGUGGGCAAUUCUGGCUCUGGAGGGCUGGAUUACUGCACAGUUUUUUUUACUUUUCCUGCUUAAGCACACCUGAUGAUGAUUCAACUGUUUGAAUCCUUUGAAGCCUAGGUUUAUUAUUAAUCAAUGCAUCCUAGUCAAAAUCUAAAUCAUUGUAGGAGAUAUAUGCUGAUCAUUUAAUUUAGUCUAUUUUGUGGAAUUGAAUCCCACAGGGCUCUAUUUUAGGGUCUAUUAAACUGAUGAUAACAGAAACACUUAUAGUUAUAAGGUUUAGAAGGAAGAUCUAUCAGAGCAGGAAAAUCAGCAAACUGUGCUGAACUCCAGCCCCCCCUACAUUACCCACCCCAAUCUAAUCAGAGCUGGCAAUUUCAGGUUCAGAAAGUACAGAUCCGUUCCAGGAUUUUGUAUCAAAUGUCUGAACAGCUCCACUGCUGGUCAUAAUUCUUGGUUCUGGACCUGAAUUUGCCACCAUUGCAUCUAUCUGCAUUUAACUGCCAAGUUUUCAGGAAUUUGUUAAAUUGUUUCUCAACAAAAGUCUGGUUCUUCAUGUCAUCCUGAGAGUUUGUUAAAUGUAACCCAAUAGCUUUGUGUCUCUACGUGACCGUGUACAUAUUUGUUUUGCUCUUUUCAUUUGUAAAUCCUGUAAUGAACAUUUCUUUUAAAGAGCCUGAACUGCAGCUUUGUAUGUAAAUACUUUUUUUCUAAACAAAAUGUCAAAAAUUCAGUGCUGAGAUUUUUAAAGAGAUUCUUAGAUAUUUAUGAAAAAUGAGUGUCUUGUUCAUUUCUCUUAUUUGUAGAGAAUAAAAACUGUGGAGAAAUCUGUGAACGUG